AUGGUAUCUUCAGGACCACACAGCGUACCCGAAGCGGUGCCAUUGCAUCGAGAAGUGGCUCAGGAAUUGCAGGAGUGGAAACCUCGCGAUCUUAGCGGUCUUUUCAACGAUAUACGGGGCCAUUUCAGUCAAACCUUGACGGAGGCUGUUGAAGAGGGGAACAUGAUGGACAAGACGGUUCUGGCUUUAAGUGAAGCUUACAAAGACUUCCAGACGCUGCAGCAACGCCAAAGCAUACUUGCUUCGCGCGUCAGUGAUACCCGGGCUCGCUAUGUAGCCAGUUGCAACGAAUUGCCAGAAGUGACAUGGGAAAAUUGGGAUAUGUAUCGAGAAGGUGCUUUGCAAGCACCCCAGCUGCACCAGGUGUUUGCAGAAACUCCCGGUCGCAAUCCUACGGUAUCGAAAGACCAGACUUCGAUCUUGUUCCACGCUAUACCUUACAUUUUACGUGACCCACACAGCGUAGUACCGGACCCUAAAUCUAACGACGACGAUGAUGACGAUGAACUACAAAUUGCUGGAGGUCGCAUCGAAUUGACUUGCCCGAUUACGUGCAAGCCAUUUGAGAAACCCAUGGUUUCCCGCAAGUGCGGCCAUGUUUUCGAAUUCGAAGGUUUCCAGCAGUAUCUACAAGGCCAGCCAAGUAAAGAUUGUCCGAUUCCAGGGUGCGAUCAAAAACUCUCAGGUCGCGACCUGGUUCCAGAUCAAGUUAUGGAAAUGAGAUGUCGAGUGUCGAAGGUUCAAGAGACUCACAAAGCUAAAAAUGAAGCUUUUUCAAUUCCCACGCUGUGA